UAACCCACGCCACGUACAUGUUUUGGGGGUGUUUCACCAUCGAAACGCCAAACCAGUUUCUGUUGAUUAAGAAUCCAUCCAGCUGCUGUAUCGCGUUAUACUGGGGACCAUCAAGCGCAACUGAAACCAUCAGGUCGCAGAAAGUAACGGGACGUCAUGGGAAAGGGUAAUGGUGGAGGAGUACCGACAUGGGAACGGAAAGCGCGAUGCUUUCUGUGCGUCUUUGGAAUCUUGUUGUCGGUUUACGCGCUGCACGUGGAACUAUCGAAGGAGAGCAACCCGGACUACCGAGCGGUGUGCGACCUGGGAGAGUCGGUCAGCUGCUCCAAGGUUUUCACCUCCAGGUGGGGUCGUGGGUUCGGACUGGUCCAGUUCCUCGUGGCUGAAGACCACUUCCUGAAUCAGCCCAACAGCAUUCUGGGAAUCAUCUUCUAUACACUCCAGCUCAGCCUUGGUCUGUCGGUGUCCCCUCGGGCGGCCAUGCUGCUGGUGCUGUCCUCCUGGGUCUCUCUCGCCGGCUCCCUGUACCUGGCCUCCAUCCUGCUCUUCGUGCUGGAGGACCUGUGCCUGGUGUGCAUAUCGACCUACGUCGUCAACCUGGUCCUGAUGCUGGUCAACCUGAAGAGGAGAUCAGGCCUGGCUGUGGCGAGGGAGAAGGCUGAGUAGAUCUUUUCACCUGGGCCUGCUCCUCCGUCACCUGGAGAGGAGGCCAGGCCAGGUCCAGGAGAAGUCGGAGUGGGAAGUCUCCAUCGCCUGUGCUGUCUUUGGCAGCCUUUGCCGUUGGCUCUUUGGAAGGAGAAAAAGUUCUGAUAGUCAAUCCACCUUCAAUUUUUUUUAUUGCAACCGACGCCUUUACAUCCAUUACGUCCUGUAAUUUAUUUUUCAACUUUUUUUUUUCUCCGAAAGAAAACCAGGAAUUAUCACAGACCUCCAGUAGGGGGCGCCAGGACUUUAAAAUCACAAGGAGCGCAAAUAGUGACAGUUUGGUUGUUAGAAAUAUGUGAAGUGUUCGCUGAAUGGCCCUGCACAUGUUAAUAAACAUUUACAAUUGAAUUCCUCUCACUGAGAAUGUUCAAAUCUA